AUGUGGUCAAAGAUGACGGAUGAGUAUGUUCAGAGUGAUGGUACACUGCAAAAGGUAUCAAAGUGGCGACCAGUAAAUAAAGAAGGAUCUUUUAAUGACCUAGUGAGAGGUAUUACACCUAACACUAUUGCUUACAGAAAUAGAAGCUGUUUCUGCUAUCCAUACAGAAAUUCAUAUGGCAGUCAGUGCCUGCAUGAUGAAAUAUGUGGCUCUUGGAAGGUGUUCAAACUUCAGAAACAAAAUGUAGUGCAAUCUCAGUCAAAUCUUGAAGACUCUUUGGAUGUCAGUCCCAUAUGCUCAAAUUCAAAGGCCCAAACAAUUUUCUUCACUCAUCAAAAGUACAUUGUAAAUAGCUGUGUGAUUGUCAAGUAUGGGGAAAUAUUCUAUCCAGGAGUUGUGAUAGAAGUCCUGGAUGAUCAGCGCAGAAAUAAUUUUUUUAAAAGGCACAGAAAUUAAAGAAAUAUAGGACAUACAGUUAGUGUAUGCAGACAGGAUUGUUACUGAAGUGAUGUUGAUACCAAGGCAAUAGUUUGAGAGUGGAAUGUUUUGAUUUCUGAAUUUGUCAAAUAAAAUUUGUGUACAGUU